GUGUUUAUUGUCAAGGCCAGUUACAAACCUGUAUGGCAUGUAGGUGGGGCAAAAAUAUUCUGUUUGAGAACCUGAGGAAGCUGUAGUAGGGUAGAGAUUGUUCUGUCUCAGUCUAGUCAACAGAGUAUCUGGAACAGGGGCCCUGGUUUGUGCCUUUGGGUGGGAAGCCUUUGGGCUUGGGGUCAGGAGGAGACAAUCAAGAGUUGGUGAUAGUAUGAAUUGGAUGAUAUUAACUUAAUGACUGCAUUUGUUAUUUGGCACAGACCAUUAUGAGUGCCUGGAAACACUUUAAGGGAAAGAAAAGGGGCAGAAGAGAGAUUUGAUCAAUAAUGGCAAGUAUGAGAGGGAAGGGAAAACGGACCAAGGAGCUUACAAAUGGAGUGACCUGACUGAUGCAGACACAGGAGCUAAUGUUUCUUACUGGCCUUCAGAGGAUGAAAAGAUCCCUUCAGCAUCAUAGAUAACUUCUAAUGCAAUUGCUAAUAAAGGCACAAAAAAGAAAAGAUCAUCCUGUCAGGUACCAGUGGUAGGGAGAGCCCUGCUAGAGGAACUGUAGGUGACUGUGUCAUCCUUGAUCUGAACAUCCACAAGCCAGAAACACAUGAAGUCAUCUGGAAGAAAGGCAGUAAUCUAAUGGCCAAGAUCACAAAUUCUAUUGUAAAGCUCUAUGGAAUCAAUGUUACCCGAUUUAAUGCAUUCCCCAAUGGCAGCCUAAGCCUUUGUCCCAUACAAUGGGGGGAUGAGGGUAAAUACACAGCUGACAUGUUCAGUCAAGAUGGGUUGCUUUUAGAUACCCAAGCUAUUUUCCUGGAGCUUGUUGAAUAUAUAUUUGCAUCUGUUCAAGAAAUCAGUGGAUUUGCUGGUGGUUCUGUGUUCUUACCUUCUCCUGAGGUAAAUCUGGAAGGACAUUUCCAUGUGACUUGGAAGAAAGAGAAUAUAUCCAUUGCUAGGAUGAAUUUUUCCUAUUUCGAGUACUAUGGGGAAUACGCCAACAGAUCUGAGAUCUUUUCUAAUGGCACUCUCAGAUUGGACAGGAUUGAGGACAGUGACAGUGGUCGGUAUUAUGUAGAAGCACAUAAUGGCACUGGAAAGAUUACGUACAACACAAUCUCUCUUGAAGUGGAAGUGGGAGCAACAGAAGCACCCCAAACAAUCGAUUUCUUUGUUGUGUUAUAUAUCUGGAUGGGAUGCCUUGUUGCUGUAUGUAUUAUUGUGUCUAUCACACUUGCAUGGCAUUGUGGAAAGUGCAAACACAACAAAGGUCUCUUUAAACCCCCUAGCUUCAAGCGUGCGAAUCUGAGCCUAAGGAGGCACAGUGAUGGCUCUAGGAUAUCUGAGGAGGGAGGCAUGAGCAUCUCCUGGCAAAAUCAGGAUGAAGACUGCCAUUCAGGAAAAGGAAGCACUGCAGACUCCACCAAACAAGGGGACAAAGCUUUCAAUCAAGAUGUUGAUGCUAAAGCAGCAGUAGCUGCAGGUGUUUUCAACAAGCUGCCUGUAUCUUUAAAUAUCUCCAGUUUUCAAGGGAUUGAAGUACCUAAAUCACCGCCCAUGUCUGCAGAUGGUGGGAACUCUGUUGCCUUUAUUCCUGAAAGCUGUGUUCCUCUGCAGGCUGAGCAUUGUAUGCCUCUGGAUUUUGAGGACUGUGGUCCUCCUGAUUUCCCUUCAGAAGAAUAUGAUGACUGUUGUUCUCCGGCUUUCCCUCCAGAGGCAUUUGACCCCUACAGUUCUCUAGAUUUUCCUCCAGUGGUUUUUGAGGACUUUAGUUCUCUGGCAGAUGGGGACUAUGUUCCUGUGGAGGAAGGUGACUGUGUACUUCAAGAUUCAGGGGUUUCUGUUUUAGAAGUAGCCAAUGACUAGUUAAAGAUCCAGAUGAAAGAAGGAAACAUGCAUCCUGUUGUUGACAAAGACUGAAAUAAAAUUCCCAGGGGACAAGUCUGAAGGACUGACCUGAAGCUCUUUACAUUAGAGUUUGCAAAGUAAUAUGCAGUAUGUGCCUGUUUGUAGUAUAACAGUGGCAUUUAUUUGGCAGAUCCCCUUUUUGACUCAUCACUGAAUGAGCAACCUCAAAAUUCUGGAGUUUGUUUCUCAAUUGAGUUAAGUCCCCCAAGUAUGAAAUGUUUUCUCUCUCUUGACCAAGGUAUGCAAGCCUCUUCACAUCUGAAGAGCUGGCUGGGAAUCAGAAAACAGUGUGUAACACUUUGAUUUUCACUCAUGUAUGUAAAUACUGCAAGAGCAGCUUUGCUGAAAACAUUUCAGCAUUUCCAGUUUGGAGCUUAGCUCCAAACCAGGAGUGGACAAUAAAUCAUUAGUAUUUUUGGAGCCUUGAAAAAGUUUUGGUUAUCAUUUACCUGCUGUUGGGAACAAGGAGGAUUUCAGUUUUCUGAAAGAAGCCCAGCCUUAAUCUUGGCUCCAGUCUUUUUUUCUGCUUCAUCAACAUGUUAAUAUGGGGAGAUGGGACUAAUGGAGUCAAAAUGCCCCAUCUUGAUGCACCUGAGAGCUCACUGUUAAAUGCCACUGCAUGGCAUUUUUGCAUCAAGGAGGCAGCAAAUAAACUAGCCAGGUUUAGAUGCAAGCUCACAGUUGAUUGCUUGAAUUAGCAGAUAUACUGUUUAUAUGUUUAUCCUCCUAAAAUUACAUUAAGAUAAGAAAGUUUCAGUGAAGCAUAGUCUUCAGUUUUCACACAGGCCUGUUUCAGCAAAAAAUUAUAGCAUUGCCAGUGAAUUGCUGGAAAUUUAAACAGUUGUUUAACAUGCAUUCAAUAACAUUCUUAUUUAUAAACAAACUUGAGAAAGCAGUAUAUUAUAAGUCGAACUAUGGUAUAAAAUAAGGUCAGGUUGUUUAUUUUGUAGUGUGAUAUAUAUGCCUUCCACUAAAGUGUAACUUUGCUUUCACAUAGAUAGAAACAAAGUAGUGUCCCUGGGGUUCCGGCAGCCUAUAAGUGCUUUCUUAUGUACUCUGAACUUGUGAUCUGCUGUGUUGUCACUAGACUUCUUUCUGGAGAGUUUAAGAUGUGGGUAUGUAUAAUAUUCUCUUUGGGAGAAACCUGGAGGAAAGAUUUGCAUAUCAGUUGCUACUCUGACAUUUCUGGCCAAGUUGGGGCAUCUGGGAUGCCCAGUGGCAGAAUUAUGAAACAACAGAGGACAUUUUCUUGAGAACUGCAUGGAGUUCACCCCGUAUCCAUAGUGUUAACACAGUAACAUAAAAGCUCCCUCAGUUGUUCAGAAGUAUGUCAGCCCUAGCUGCUAC